AUUCCAAUUAAAAAUCUUGAAGUUGAUUCCUCCUACCUUUUGUCUGUUCAUUGGUUGACAAAAAAUGCGUAAAUAUUAAUCUUUGUGGGUUCCUCGUGUUCGAAGCCGGCCACAAGUGCCUCUGCUCUUGGAGAGUUGGGAAGAUUUCUGAAACUCUAAGAUGGCCCAGCAGGCUUUUCUCCUUCAAUCUUCUCCAAUCUCCUCCCAGCCCCAUUCACGUUGGGGUUUUCUGCUCAUUUUAUCCCUUCUAUUCAAUGCCCUGUGUCUGGUAAUAAUCGGAAAACACGGGCAACUGCUAAACAGGGGCAGCAAGACAGAGAAUUUGCAGAGUCUCGGGUGGAGCAGAAAAGCUGCGGAGGAAGCCGAGGCGGCAGCACAGUAUUCUUGCUCUGGCCAUGGAUACGUCUUUGUUGAUACUUUCCGGCGGAAUCAAGACGGAACUCCUGUUUGCGAGUGUAAUGAGUGCUAUUUGGGACCGGAUUGCUCUGAAAUCGAUCCCAAUUGUGUGGCAAACGCAGAUAGUGGAGAUCCUGGGUUUCUGGAGCCAUUCUGGAUGGCAAAUUCUGAGGCAGGAGCAACUGUUGUACCUGCCUGGUAUAGGAUGAGCUAUCGCAUUAAAGACGGCUCGGCGGCAAUGUUUUCCCCUGAAUUAGAGGAACAGAUUCGUGCCAUUCAUGCGCUCGUAGGCAACGCUGUUACAGAAGAAAGAUAUAUCGUGCUCGGAACGGGUUCCAUGCAGCUCAUCAAUGCCGCAAUUAACAGCCUUUCUCCAACACAGUCUUCAAACCCGGCACAAGUAGUAGCAGCUGUGCCAUAUUACGGGGCUUACAAAGGGCAGACGGAAUUAUUCGACUCAUCGGACAAUUUGUGGACGGGAGACGCGAGGGCUUUUCAAGAGAGGACGAAAUCCCUCAACUCAACGACAUUCAUCGAAUUCGUAACUUCUCCAAACAAUCCGGAUGCUCAGCCGAACGAAGCCGUUUUGAAAGGCAAAAAUGUAAAGGCAGUUUACGAUCAUGCCUAUUACUGGCCUCACUUCACUGCAAUCUCUCACCCGGUAGACGAAGAUAUAAUGCUUUUCACAAUCUCCAAACUUACUGGACAUGCAGGCAGCAGGCUAGGAUGGGCAAUUAUCAAGGACUACGACCUAUAUCAAAAGAUGUAUCUAUACAUCCAGUACAAUACAUUGGGCGUAUCUCAUGAUACACAGUUAAGAGCAACGACAUUACUAAAAGCAAUAAUAAGCGGUUACAAACAGUCCAAGGGGAUGAAAGCUUUCAAAACAGAUUCAAAGCAGUUGCUUUUCCACUACGCUUACCCUGUUAUGAGAAGGCGAUGGGAGAGCCUUGAGCGGAUUUUUAGCGCGUCUGAUCGAUUCUCGCUUCAGAAUCUGCAACCUCUUUACUGUAACUUUUUCGGAAAAGUCACCGAUCCCUCCCCAGCAUAUGCGUGGGUGAAAUGCGAGAGGGAGGAAGAGGAUUGUGCAGCGGUGUUGGAGAAGGCUGGAAUCAUUGGUCGUGCCGCAAAAGAAUUUGGGGCAGAUAAACGUUAUGUUCGCUUGAGCUUGCUGAGGCGAGAUGAUGCUUUUGCUGUGUUCGAGCGUCGUCUUCAAGCUCUUGUUUCUCACAAUAAGACUGCACAAGAAUCAAUGUGAAGACAAAUUCAUGGGCAUAAGACAUAUCUGGGCCGGCUGUAGCUAUUCUGGCUCCAAAACGGCAUGCCUCUAUACAUAUCUGGGCCGGCCAAAUAGCAGGACAGAAUAGCAAUAACCACCAUUUCUGUUUUGUAAAUUUAAAAAGAGGCAAGGACAUGACAGCAACCAUCAUUGCUGGUAGUCAAGUAUUUUAUAAUUUAAAAAAUAGCAGCAACUACCAUUGCUGAUAAUUAUGUUUUGUAAAUUUAAAAAGAGGCAAGGACAUGACUGCAACUAUCAUUGCUGGUAAUUAAGUAUUUUAUAAUUUAAAAAAUAGGGCAGGACAUAACACCAACUAUCGUUGGUGCUAUAUAAAUUAUAAAUUCAAAGAUUGUGCUUGAAUGUUUUAGUUGCAAUUUAAUAAACUGUAUUUGAAAUGUUCAAUUA